AUCAAAUUCCCCUCCAAUGCCAACGUAAGCAGAGAAGAAUAGGGCUUUUUGUUCCCAUAAGUUGCAUAAAUUUAUUCGCGUCUUCCAUUGGAAUUCUUGUUUGCACAAGAAGAAGCUUUGGAAUUGGAAUCCGGGCCUUCUCUUCCAAAUCUGCAAAAUCUCAAACCGAGAGCCCUAACAGUGAGCUCUCAGAAUAGUGGUUUAUGAAUUGUGUAAGAAAGAAUGGGACUGUCAUCUGCUACCACUGCCACUGAAGCCAUCAAAUUUUGCAUAUUUGAUUUGAGAAGGGGACAACAAGAAGGGCAGGAGCUGGACAAGAUUUUGUUUUUCUUUCCUGCUCAUUUGCCCUUUUCAACACAGCUUUCGGUGAUAGGGCUGAGUGAAGGACUUAUAACGUUUACAAGAAUUUUCUCUCCAGAGGCUGCUUGUGAGGUAAUAGAGGCAGAGAGGCACUCUCAUGUUUUUUAUGAGGCAGAACCCGAUAUCUGGAUGGUUAUGGUAGUGGAGAAAAAUGAGUCAGAAGCUAUAUGGCGGAUUGAUGCAUUGCAAAAGGUUCUUAAAGAAGUUCACUCUCUUUUUCUAAUGUUUUAUGGAUCCAUAAGAGCAUUGCUUGAGAAAGAACCUGCUGGAGGAUUAAUUCGAUCUCAUUUAUACCCUUUCAUCAUGGAUUAUCUAAGAGCAUGUCAAAAGCGGUCCCGAUUGGAUAAUUGCUGCUGGGAUUUUCUUUUUGGCAAGAAACUCCUGUUACCAUCAUUCCGUGACUGUUUAAAGGAGCGUGGAACUGUGCAGAUGCUGACUGUAAGUCGGGAGGCUGCAAUUGAAGUUCAGUCACUUGUCAAGGUGCUAGAAUCUUGUGCUGGGAACACACCAUGCUACUCGCUGAUUUUAUUUCAGGACCUGCUAGUGUCCACUACACUUUCUCCUGUUGACACCAUAAAUUUAUUUACAUAUGCUGUUCUAAGGUUGACACCUCGUGCUCUAUCCUCUGGAGUAAGUUCCUGGUCCUAUUUGCGCAAAGGAAGUACAGCAUCUCAUGUUGCCCCUGGCUCAAUGUUGUCCCACUCAGCUUCUGUUUCAGAACAAGUUUAUGGUUUACAAGAUACCUCCCCUUGUGGAGAUAGCAGCUAUUAUGUUGCAAGACCCUUACAGCAAGACAGGUGGUCCAAAGGCAAAGACGGUUUUCUUGUCACUGACAUAUGGGGUGCAGAGGCUGGUAGUUCAACUUCUGGCACCCCAACUGUUUGGCUUCAGCAGACAGAGGAGAGAAUGUAUCUCUGUGCCUAUCAGUAUAGGAGUCUUACCUUAAUCCUUCUUGUUCCUGUUGUCUCCAUUCUUAAUGGGGAGCACGGUGUUUCAUUGUUGAAGCAGCAUGUUCUUGAAAAUGCUUCACUUAAGAUGUUGAAAGUUGAAGAGAAACUUUCAAAAGGAUGGGGUGGUGAGAAUGCUUAUCAUGUCAGUGGGUAUCGAUAUUUACUGGUAGAUGGUGACAGAAAUGUAUCCAGAGCUUCUCCACCAGGAAAGGUUACAACCCUGACAAAGGAAUCUUUGCUUGCCUUGAGUAAGGUUAGAGAAAAGGUUGAUUUGGAAAAACACCAAAAGGAAUGGGAUAAUGGAGGUUUAGAGAAAGAUAUGGAAGUAAGCAUUAGAGCAAAAAAUAAUGCUUGGGUUAUUGCUCGGAUUACAAAAGGGAAGGAGCUUUAUAUGGUUCUAGAGAAAGCCGACGAAACACUUCUUUAUGCCUCAGAUGCUGUUGAGAAGUUCAGUAACAGGUAUUGCAAUGGAGCUUUUUCUUUGGAUUAGGGAAGAUUUCUUGGUUUCUUAUACUCGCAUUCAUGCAAUAAAAGCUAGCAGUGCAUGAACACGGUCAGCAUUCGCUUAUACCUCCCUCUUUCUUCCCCGACACUUUUAUAGGCAUCCUUCCACAGCAUAAUUUUGUAACAAGGAAAUAUUUUAGAAAAGGAAGAAAAAAGGCAUUCGAUUGCGUGUAUUCUAUUUUUCGUUUUAAAAAUGUAAAUCUGUUUGUACUCGACACUUAUACGAGCCGCUACGGUAUGGAUUAACUGGUCA